AUGUCUCCGUGUCCUCCCGGCUGCUGCUGCUCUGGCACCGGGGUUCUGGUUCUGUGUGAGUCUCUGGGUCUGCGGUCGCUCCCCCGCUCGGUCCCUCUGAGCACCUCGGCCCUGUCUGUGGCCAGAAACCAGCUGUGUAAUGUGGACCACCUGCUCCGGCCCUUCUCCGGCCUGCAGGAGCUCAGCCUCAGUCACAACCUGCUGGCCCGCUUCCCCCGCGGCCUGCCGCCCAGCCUGGAGUCCCUCCUGCUGCAAGAGAACCGCAUCACCUACAUCACUCUGGGCGCCCUGAGGCAGCUGGGAAACCUCGCCCGUCUGGAUUUAGAGGAAAACCGAAUCCGUGCCAUCCAGCCCGGGGCGCUCUGGGGUCUGCACAAGCUACAAGUCCUGAACCUGAAGGGGAACCAGCUCACAAGCCUCCCCCUGGACCUCCCUCCAUCUCUGACUCAUCUGGACCUCUCCGCAAACUGCAUCUCCGUCAUGGACCUGCCUUCACUGUCCCCCCUGGUCAACCUGCAGGUCCUGAAGAUUAACAGCAACUGUCUGCGCUCGGUGCCGGAGAGCGCCUUCGACGGCCUCCCACGCCUCCGAUCUGUGGACCUCGCCAACAACCUGUGGGUGUGCGAGUGUGACAUCUUGUACCUGUACCGCUGGCUGCUGAGCGGCCGGCUGAAGAUGGCCACGGACCUGGUGUGCACGGAGCCGCUCCAUCUCGCUCACCGCCUGCUGCUCAAUCUCUCCGUCAUGACUAUCUGUCCUCGCAUCCUGAAGCCAAACGACAGCGCGCGACAUUUUGAUGGGGACAAGCCAACUGUUCAAACUCUACACAAAAGCAGAACGGAUUCAGGACUUGCGUUGCAGGAGGUGAAAAAGGAAAACACAGUUGGACUCCUUACCCAAGCUCAGAAUCUUCCUAAGACUCAAAACUCACACUACUGGUUAGAAACUCUGACCUAUGAAGAGUGUUUAUUCCUGAAUAAAACCCAAUCGAUCAGCGAGUUUCACUUGAAAACCACCACUUCUCUCCCAGAGGAGGAACAGGGGUGCAGAGAAAACAUCACAGCUCGGAGCAGCAACACAUCUGAAGAGACAGGAGUUUUGCUUUCCACAAGCAGAGAAGCAGCCUUGCCCACUCUCUCCCCACGGACGCUCGCUGUGCAGGGCUCUGCAGUCAUCAUCUCCCUGCUCGCCGCGCUGUGUGUUUUAAUGGCUCUCUUAACGCUGGCAGUGCUCAUUGUGCUGAAACGGAUACUCCUGCGGCGGCAGAGGGUGGCUCCUCUGAAUGAGGGAUCAAGCAGAUGA